CCCGGAUGUUGUAUGCGUUAACUUCACACUAACUAGCUUCUGACAUCGUUCGAACAGAACAGUGAAAAUAUUCAGAUUUCUAGGGUUGGAUCAAAACUGAUGGAGACACCAGGAGUUUGUGAGAUUGAGCUGCCAAACAGAAGAAUAGUGAGCGGCAGUGAAUCCCCCACUGAUCUGGAUAGUCCAUGUCAGGAGGAGGUUGCAGGGUUUCAUUUAGGUCUGUGCGGGCCUGAGGAAGAGAGAGGGGAAACCCCAGGCAGAGAGGACAGUCCCAGUGAACUGGGAGAGCCAGAGCUGGAUCUUGGAGGAGACUCCAAGGCUGGAGACGAUAAGGCUUUUGGAAAGGAGGUUGUACUGCUGAUGCAGGCGUUGAAUUCUCUUACCACGCCUGAAGAGAAACUGGCAGCGCUGUGCAAAAAAUAUGCAGAUCUGCUGGAGGAGAGCCGCUGCAUGCAGAAACAGCUGAAAGCCCUGCAGAAGAAGCAGUCUCAGAUUGUCAAGGAGAAGAUCCACCUGCAGGGAGAACACAGCAAAGCCAUCCUGGCCCGUAGCAAGCUGGAGAGUCUCUGCAGAGAACUCCAGAGACAUAACAAGACACUGAAGGAGGAGAACGGCCAGCGGUCCAGAGAGUAUGAGGAGCAGCGGAAGGAGGCCAUGCUGCACUUCCAGAUGACUCUGGGUGACAUUGAGGUGCAGAUGGAGCAGCACAGCUCCCACAAUGCCAAGCUGAGGCAGGAGAACAUGGAACUGGCCGACAAGCUCAAGAAGCUCAUAGAGCAGUAUGAGCUCAGAGAGGAGCACAUUGACAAGGUUUUCAAACACAAGGAGCUGCAGCAGCAGCUAAUGGAUGCCAAGCUGCAAAGAAUCACUGAGAUGAUGAAAGAAGUGGAGGAGAAGCAGCAGCGGGAGAGAGAGUUUCUGCUGAAGGAUGCCACAGAGUCCAGGCGCAAAUGUGAGCUGAUGAAAGAGCAAGAAUCUCAGCUGAAACAACAGCUCUCCCUCUACAUGGACAAGUUUGAAGAGUUUCAAAGUACUUUGGCUAAAAGUAAUGAAGUCUUCACGACCUUCAGACAAGAAAUGGAGAAGAUGACAAAGAAGAUCAAGAAGCUGGAAAAGGAGACGACGCAGUGGAGGACCAAGUGGGAGAGCAACAACCAGGCGCUGCUGCAGAUGGCCGAGGAGAAAACGCUGCGUGAUGGGCACUUCAAGGCUCUGCAAGGGAAGCUGGAGCUGCUGGAGCGCCUCUGCAGAGCUCUGCAGAAGGAGAGGAAUGACCUGAGCAACCAGUUGAGCCUCCUUCAGGAGCAGAGGGACCAGGGGCCAAUGCCACCUGGCGCAGACCAGCACGAGGCCUUGGCCAUGGAGGACGAGGAAGACGAAGAGGAGGAUUCUGAAGAUUUGGCGCAUGAUGAAGAGCUGGAGGUGGGUGAGGAGUCCCCGCAGCAUGCUGCUGAUAAAACCACUACUGCUGCAGCAACCACAUCGACCAGGCUGCUUGACUGAAGCUGCUUUGAGGCAGUCUAAAACAUUACCAUUACUAAAGAUUUACCCUUUCACAAUUGUAAACUAUAUCUUUUUGAUCUUUCUGUGUUUUUACACUUUGCUCAAUAAAAUUAUUGUAUGAAGAAUUUCCACAUUUCUAAGGCACUGUGCAGUGAGCUGUGAGCAAAGCCCUUUCCUCCACCAGUCAGACUGAGUUGGGCCUGGAGCAUAUCACUCUAGCAGACUGCAGUACAGGGGAUGGGGGAUGACUGCCUUUCUGUCUAAUAUCGACAUAUUUUCCUCAAAGCUUCUGCUCCCUGAAAAUUUGACUUGCAGAUAAUAAGGGUCACUAGAUGUUUGAAGAGCAUGAAAUAGUUUAGCUAUUUUUCUAAGUCACAUUCUCAUUUGUAUUUUUCAAGGAAAAUUCUUUUAAAGUCCAUUAUAUGGAGUUCUAACAGGUGUUUAGGGUUUCUUUUGGUUCCAACCAGUCAGUUGUAGUUCCCAGUGAAGGUAUGAAUGUCUCAUGAUGUGGUCUGUCUGCUUUAGUCUUCCUGGUUUUAACCUGGUCAUCUGCUCUCUGCUGCCCCAAGUGGAUCAUUUAGGAACCAUCUUCAGUGAAACUCAGGGUCAUCCUAUGCUAAGCUUUUCUCUCGGCUCGAUAGUUAGUAUUACUCAUUGUGACUAUCUCUAUCUGUCUGUCUUCUUCAAGCUUGGCCUUUAAAGCACUUCCACAAAGCCUGAAUAGCAGCACUGCUGUCAUUCAGGGAGAUAUUUCCACAUUUUACGAAUGUGACCAAAGUGAGAUGAUGUGAAGGGUUUGUCUCCCACCUGAUGAGAUUCUUUAGAGCGCAGAGAGGCCAGUUUUAAUAGGCCAUUGAUGUGAAUUAUGUUUCAAACGUUGACAUCCAACCAUGUCAUAUUUCAUCUUGGAAAAGAAGAUGGGAUUUGCUUUUCUGGAGUUUGAAUACAGCUGCUCUGUUAGGAACAAUUAAGGGCUCUGAUGGGGGUGUGGCCUCUGCAGUUAGUCUACACCUUGAGUGAAUGUAGGAAGUAGCAGCAGGUGCCAGCCUGACUGCUGUCAUCGGAGAGGAUUGUACUACUGACCCUUCUGGGUUCUCUUCACUUGAAAAGUAGAUUUAUCACUUCAUCUCAUUAUUUGCACAUCUUAUGGUAAUCAUUGUUCCUUUCCAUAAGCUUCAGUAGCGAGAAAGCAGCUGUUACCAUGCAAUGUGCCCUGUCCUGUUUUACUGUAGCACUUACUUCACAUGUAGUCCUCGAGCUCCAGGCUGACCCCAGAUCUGCCUGGCUUCUAUUUUGGCAUAACAAAGUAAUGGGACGGAUACGGAUGUAGUCCAGGUGACAUAAUUAAGAUUGUAAGUGUUGCAUAGCAGUGAAUGUGUAAGAUGGCAGUCUGUGCACUUUGACCUUUGCCCACCUUUCUAAGCGUCUCUUCAUGCUCAUUUGAAAUCAGAGGAAACUGAAUGCUGAUCAUCAGGCGGUGAGGGUUUCCACCCCUGGCUGAGCUGCAGACAACUUGACCUUGGCAUUGCCCCAGAAUGACUCGGGUCAUGUCAGAAUCUACCUCUGUGGGCGGGGCCAUGAGUCAGCAAACUGGCUGCUUUUAUUUUUACCACCUUGUAAAUGUAAAAUGUUCUAAGACUGUCAUGCUUUUAAAUAAACAUUUUGUAGGAUUUUCAA